AUGAUGCGCGGUAUAAAGUUUCUUUAUGUGAUAUUUUUGCAUGCGAUUAUCGCUGGUCCUCAAAUCAAUCUUCAUCAUACAAAUUUGGUAGACGACUCUGAGAAUGACAUUGGAACACAUCACCAUUAUUUGAUUGUGGAAGCUUCAACUGAGAAUAAACAUUAUUCUCGUCAAAUUACUUCUUACUGCUUGAGUGAAUGGCCAUCGAAAUGGAACAUACAAAAUAAUAUUCAUAAUCAAAUAUUUUCUUUUGCGGAACUCAAUAAGCAAAAUAUUACUAGUCAUCACUUGUACCUAUGGUGGGCACCAAUUGAUAUUAUAGAAAACUAUCAGUUAUAUUCGAAUCAACUAUCAAUUUCUUAUGUAAUAUCACAAGGGACACAGCUUGUCUACAAUUGUACAUUACCAUUGUUUGGUCCAUUGUGUCAAUAUUCAUUUGAUUACUAUGAAUCUGAUUAUUCAUCACUAGCUGAGAUGAUUCAUAAUUUUCAUCGAAAUAACCCAUACGAAUCGACUGUAUUUACAUGUUACACUCAUUUGAAAUGCAUUCGAGAUCCACAUCCAUCAUGUCUCGAUUGGAGUGAAAUCUGUAACAGAAAAGUAGAUUGUCUCGAUGGUGGUCUCGAGGAGCAAAAUUGUUGGCAACUGGAAAUCAAUGAUUGUGGACCUAAUGAGUAUAGAUGUGCCAAUGGACAAUGGAUCCCAUCUGCAUUCGUAAAUGAUGAUGCUGUAACUUCUGAUUGUCUUGAUGAAUCUGAUGAAAUGAACUUUAUCGCUAACAGACCCUAUCAGUGCUAUCGUGCUGAACCAACUAUUGAAUGCGAAGAUAUUAGAUGUUCCUCCCAAGUUUAUGGCAAAACGAAAAUUGUCUUAAUAUAA